GCUCGGCCCCCCGCCCCUCCCGGCGCGGUCCCUCGCCCGGGCUCUAGCCGGCCGCCCCUAGGCGCACCUUCCCCGCGGUCCUCUCCAUCUCUCCGCGGGUCCCGACUCCAUCCUGCCCUCCUGGCGCAGCGGUCACCGUCCCCGCGGCUGGCUCCAUCCCGCCUUCGGCUCAGCCCUCGGCUCGGUGCACCCUCCUGUCUCGGGUUCCUUUUCUGCUCUCGGCGCUCCCUCCCUCGCAGUCCCUUCGCUGACCUCCUGGUCCUCGCUUCCCCCCCCACCCCGCCGCUUUCCAGCCUGUCCGGGAACGCGGGCCCGUGGGAGGGGUGGGCCCGGGGCAGCUUCGGGGAUGGGGCCCGGUUCCCCCACCCGAAGGCUCCCGCCCCACCCCCAGCUCAUCUCCUGCGCACAACAGUAAAUGCUGAAAAUCAGGGUCACAGCUGAGGAAGAGCUCGGACAUGAAGUCCAAGAUGUGGCCUGCACUGCUGCUGUCCCACCUCCUCCCUCUUUGGCCACUGCUCUUGCUGCCCCUCCCACCACCUGCUCAAGGUUCCUCCUCCUCCCCUCGAACCCCACCAGCCCCAGCCCGGCCCCCCUGUGCCCGGGGAGGCCCCUCUGCCCCACGCCACGUGUGCGUGUGGGAGCGGGCACCCCCACCAAGCCGAUCCCCUCGGGUCCCAAGAUCUCGUCGGCAAGUCCUGCCAGGCACUGCACCCCCUGCCACCCCAUCUGGCUUUGAGGAGGGGCCACCCUCAUCCCAGUACCCCUGGGCCAUUGUAUGGGGCCCUACAGUGUCUCGAGAGGAUGGGGGGGACCCAAACUCUGCCAAUCCUGGAUUUCUGCCCCUGGACUAUGGUUUUGCAGCCCCCCAUGGGCUGGCAACCCCACACCCCAACUCAGACUCCAUGCGGGGUGAUGGAGAUGGGCUCAUCCUUGGAGAAGCACCUGCCACCCUGCGGCCGUUCCUUUUUGGGACCCAUGGGGAAGGUGUGGACCCCCAGCUCUAUGUCACAAUUACCAUCUCCAUCAUUAUUGUUCUUGUGGCCACUGGCAUCAUCUUCAAGUUCUGCUGGGACCGAAGCCAGAAGCGGCGCAGGCCCUCUGGGCAGCAGGGUGCCCUGAGGCAGGAAGAGAGCCAGCAGCCAUUGACAGACCUGUCCCCAGCUGGGGUCACUGUGCUGGGGGCCUUCGGGGACUCGCCUACCCCCACCCCUGACCAUGAGGAGCCCCGAGGGGGACCCCGGCCUGGGAUGCCCCAGCCCAAGGGGGCUCCAGCCUUCCAGUUGAACCGGAUUCCCCUGGUGAAUCUGUGAUGCCCCCCAAUGUUGGGGUGCCGCCAAGCAGGAGGCCAAGGGGCCGGCAUAGCCCCCAUCCCACUGAGGGUGGGGCAGCUGUGGGAGCUGGGGCCACAGGGGCUCCUGGCUCCUGCCCUUGCACACCACCCUGGAACCCUCACUAGCCCCAUAGGCGAUCCUACCUGCUCACCCUCCUUUAGGUGGGGGGGGCCUCACAUAUUUGUGGCUUUGGUCCCCCAUCCCUACCCUUGCACACUCACAUGAAAGCCUUGCACACUCACCUCCACCUUCCUGGGCCAUCGCACACACUUGUGCUCUUGUACAGCCAGUCUUCUGCACCCUCUCUCCACCCACACCGCCCCUCCCCAUCCCUCACAUUCUCCCUUUGUUUCACACUUUUCACUCUCUCUUCCUCCCACAUUCCAGGCUCAGCUCAGUCACUCAGUGGUCAGUGGGUGACUCUCCUGUUACCUCUCGCUCGCAUUUCCUGGCCCCGUGUUGUGGUAUUGUGUGUUGUGCUCACACUCUCCCUCACGAACACCCACUGAUCUAGUUUCUGUGGCCCCUGCAUGCUGCCCCAGAGGUGGGUGGGAGGAGAGCUGGGGGCUUCUCAUGCCCCCAUCUGUCAUGGUCCCAUCCCAUUCCAUGUCAUGUGUUUCAUUGUCUCCCCCAUCCCACUCCAAGGGCGUGCUCAUUACCCUGAGGGCUCCCCCAUGGGAAUGGGGGUAGUGAGGCCCCAAACUUCUCCCCUCCCCAACUGCUAAAUUCUGUUGUCUGAGAGAUGGGUUUUGGGGAGUCACCUGCUGCACUACAUGAGAAAGGGGCUCCCAUUUGCCCUUCCCUUCCUCCUAAGUUCCUUUUGUCUUGUCUGUCCUGGCUGUCCGUGUGUGGGUCACUCUCUGGAAUUCAGAGUCCCUGAGCCAGUCCUCCACUUCCCAGCCUCCUGAGGGCCUCCCUAACUUCACCUAGGCUGCCAGGGACUGGGGCCAGCUGGUUU